AUGACUCUCGCGAUGCUGCCGGACGAGUUGAUCGAAACACUGGCACAUCAGUGGCCUUGCAGGGACACCCAGCUACGACAACUAUCUGCACUCCUUUCGUCAUCUUUGCCGAGUCCGACCUCUCUUGUUCUAUACGGCCCUCAUGCAACGGGAAAAAGCAGCAUCACAAGGGCCUACCUCAAAAGCAGUAAACUUCGCCACGCGAUCAUUCGAUGUCAGGAAUGCGUGACAGGAAGACACUUGCUGGAGAGGACAGUUGGCGCGGUGUAUGAAGCGCUGCAGGGGGAUGAGGAUGAGGCAAAGGUUGGAAACUACUCCGGACGAUGCGAGAAUAUAAGCGCGCUCGCUGUACACCUACAAAAGCUCUUGGACGGACGAGACAAGUUCAUACUCGUAUUCGACGGCAUCGACAGGCRAAGGGAAGCACCGCCAACACUUCUCGCUGCGUUGUCACGGCUUGGAGAGACGGUCUCCCAACUGUGCGUCGUCUUUAUCGUCCGACACCCAGCACCUCGCUYUCUCUCACAGGCAGGUGUACCACACAUUCACUUCGCGCCAUACACGCGGAAUCAGUCUGUCCACAUUGUGGCUCGCAACCCUCUUGACAUCUUCCACGAAGCCCCAGUUGCAGAUCUGGACUACGAUGAGGAAGUCCAUCGAGAAGACAAGGCAUGGUUAUGGCCGCGAUUUUGUGCCGCUGUGUGGGAUGCUUUGGGUCAGAAUGCCGCUCGCGAUCUGGCCGUCUUUCAGGGUGCCUGCCACAAGCUGUGGGGACCAUUCGUUGCGCCAGUCGUUAAGGGCGACUUUGGCACUCGAGACUUUAGUCGGCUUUUGGUAGCUCAGCGAAGACUGUUUCAGGAUGAAGGUCUACUCUUGGACUCGAUCGUGUCGACUCCAGCCUUCAAUACAAGCAUGGCCAAGGCCAAGACCCACGAGCUGCCCUACUACGCAAAGUGGCUACUGGUAGCUGCGUACCUAGCGUCAUUCAACCCAGCUCGAUUCGAUGCACUGUACUUUAUGAAGUCGACGGAACGGAAACGACGAAAGAAAGGUGGCGGCACAGCACGCUCCGGGGGGCGACCAAGCAAGAUCAGGAAGAUUCCACGGCAUCUGCUUGCUGCUUCUGCGUUCACUUUGGAUCGACAUCUCGCCAUACUGCUGGCAAUCCUCCCGCAUGAUUUGAGAACGACGAUAGACAUGUACAAGCAGAUUGCAACUCUGUCAAGUUUGAGGUUGCUGGUCAAGGCGGGUGGGAUAGGCGGCGGCGAUCCUCUAGAGCCGGGUGGGAAAUGGAGGGUUGGCCCUAUGGUGACUUGGGAGUAUGUACAGAGUCUGGCACGAAGCCUUGACUUCGGUUUGACGGACUAUUUAGUUGAAUGA